AUGUCUAGAAAAAUCGACAGAAAUCGCCGAGCCACCGUUACUUCUUUUGAUAUGCGACCUCAGGUUAGCAAGGAUGAUUAUGAUCGUGAGAGGACCCGUUGGGCCACUCAACUUGAGGAGUUCAAUUCCAAACUCAUUGCGUCUGAGACGGCCAACUCUGAAAUGAUUAUAAAUCGUGCUGAAUUGAAUAAGCGUAUUAUUGACUUGGAGAAGAAUCAGAAGCCAAUGAUGGAAGCAAACAGAAAACUCUCUGAUCGAAACAAGCAUCUUCAACAGGAAUUGAAGAAACUUGAGCAGAAGCUUCGUCAUUCUCAAGAUGACUUCUUCACAUUGAGAGAUACCUAUGAACGGGAGAUGAAGGAACUUCAAGUGUUGAAAGAGAAACGCGUUGGUCCUGAAAUGCAUGAAGAGCUUCUGCGUUAUCGUAAUCAAUGCCUUGAGAGUUCAAAAUGCAUCACUGCUCUCCGCAAUACGUUAAUCGACAAGAGAAAACAAUACGAAGUUCUAGUACAGAAGUUCAAACAGUUCCAAAAGUUGUUCAAAAAAUUGCAAGCUAACGAGGAGGAUCGUUUCAGCACUAUGGGAAGCGAAUGCUCUGGUGCCAGUACUAUGAGUUUGAACACAAUCACUGAAGAUUUCGAGCAGGACCAGUUCAAUAUUCAAACUCUCUCCCGCGAAAACGCCGAACUGCAGAAAGCAUUGAACGAGCUUUUGCUUAACGCCGCUGAUCUGAACGAGGAGAACUUCUUGCGCGAUCAAACAAUUGAACAACAACAGCUUCUGCUUGAAGCGAAUCAAGACAUGAUGUCCCAAAUGGCGCAAUUAAAAUCGACUGUGAUGCAGCAGCUCGACCAAAUCAAGGCUCUUGAUCAGCAAGUUGAGGAUCUCACACAACAACUCGCCGUCCAAAUCGAUAAGAAUGAUACCCUCGAGUUCCAGUACCUUGAAAUUGAGCAGGAAUUGAAAAAUCAGACCGCAAUUUUGGCGCAAUGCAGCACCUUCGAAGAAGAGCGCGAUGCACUUCGAACGGAGAUUAUCAAACUACGAUUUGAGAAUGGCGAGCUCCGGCAAAAUCACGCUCGUGAAAUUGCGAGUUUAAAGGAGUGCAAUGCAACGCAAAGUGUUUCAAACUUUGAUGAUGAAAGGAAAACUCUCGUACAAAAAAUCGAGAGUUUAGAGAAGCAAAAUGAAGCUCAGCAGGUUACUAUCCAAAAUCAUGAAAAACAGAUCCAAGAGUUGAAUACAAAAGCAGCAGAUCAAAUUAAAGAGCUCACUGACGAAGUUCAAGCUCUCACAAAAGAGCUCUCCAAAAUUCGAUUCUCUUACCAAGGCAGUGAAGCAAACCUCAAAAAAGAGAAAAAGAUGACUGAUGCGUUGAAUGAGCAACUCCAAAAGCUAUAUGAAAACACUAACAGCGAUUCCGUAAAGAAGGAUGCUGAAAUUGCUCAAUUGCGGCAAAAGAUCGUAGAACAAGAAACGAAGUUCAACGAGAUUGCCGAGGAAAAAAAUAAAGUCUCGGAACUUCUGAAGAAUAUCACUAAGGAAUAUGAGGAAUUCCGUGAUAUGCAACGUCCAGAGAUCAAAACUGAGCUUGAGAGAAGAUUCGAGGAGACUCGUUAUCGAUUGAAUUGCGCUCUGGAGAAAAUUCAUGACUAUGAAUUGCUGAUCGAAGCAGCGAAGAAAGCUGAAACUGAUGGCAAACUUUCUGAGCAUCUUGAGCGGGAGUUGAUUGAGGUCAAGGAAUUCAACGCGCACUUGGAACGACAAUUCCAAAGUCAAUCACAGAUUAUUGAAGCGUUAAAGGGCAAAUUGUUGAAGCAUCGCAAUUUUUGCGAUAUGUUGGCCAAACUCACUGACAUGGAUGAUAUCAACAAUCUCGUAGAGCAAUUGGAGAUCUAUGUUAAUGAAAAUACAUAUGAUGAAGCCCGAGUGGCCGCCAAUAUUGUAUAUUUGAUCAAUGUGAUGAAAAAGAAGAUGUUUUAUUCUCCGCUUCAGAUCUCAACUGCUCACCACCAGAUUCGCCCCUACAGUUCUGUGGAUUCGUCGGGUGAAUGGCAAUCGAAUAGCAGUGAAGGCAUUAUUUCUCCUGAUGAACAGGAUGAAGAAUGGGCGUCGGCUUCAAAAACCGCUUCGCGCUAA